AAAUCUUGCUUUUUCCCUAUCAUCAUAUUGUCAGGGAUGGCAUCCGUUCAUCCUAGUAGAUCAGGACUUGUUCCACAAUCAGAUUCAUCCGAUAGAGCAAACGAUGAUCGAGAAAAAGAUUUGAGGCAGCGAUUGUAUGAAUCAAGGGGGAAUCAAGCUGGUGGCUCAAGACAGACUGAUAGACAAGGUGACCGAAAUGAUCAAGGGCGUGCUUCUCCAUCAUAUCAACCAUUCGAUUCGAAUUUUAACAACGAUGAAGAAUACAGAUCACAUGGAAAUCGACAAAGAUAUUACGAGGACCGACGAUAUGACAACAGCAACGAUCGGAAUGGGGCUCCUCCUCCAGGUGCUUGGGGAAGACGCGAACGUGGUCAAUAUCAAGAUAGGGCAAUGACAGGCGAUAGCUUCUUACAAAGUCGACAAGAGCAAAGAAAGGCUUCUACAGUGUCCAUUUGGCCUCCAUCACCUACAUCCCCAUAUCGUGAAAAAGAAGAGGAGGAUGAGAAAAGCCGAAAGAAAUCAUCCUCAAGACACAAAGAAUCAUCUCAUAAACAUUCGAAAAGACGAUCACAUCAUUCUUCGAGACAUAGGGACGACUAUUCAGAUAGCGAAGAAGAGAGAGAAGGGCGCAGAAGGCAUAAGAGAAAAGAAUCAGAGCGCGAUCGCAGUUCACGACAUAGAUCUUCCUCGCCUUCCGGACGUCGAAAGUACGAUGACAAUUCCGAAGAUGAAUACGAGAGACAGAGAAGAAGGCGGAAGGAGAAAGAACGCAGAAGAGAGCGAGAUUAUUCAGAUGAAGAUCGCCAUAGAAGCCGCCAUCACAGAUCAGAAAGUAGGAGAACAGAAAAAGAACCUGCUCCUGAGGCACACGUUUCAGAAAAGGGCAAAAAUCCAGCUUCUUCUGACGCAAAUACAGCAAAAAGCACUGCUGAGCCUGAUGCAGUUCAAAGCUCUAGUAGAAAGAUUGGACCUCAACUACCACAAGCUGCGGAAGCAGAUAAUCCAAGUAUCGAGACAUUAAAUGCAAGGGCUUAUGGCGGAGCAUUACUGCCGGGAGAAGGCUCAGCCAUGGCGAAUUUCGUACAAGAGGGCAAACGAAUUCCACGUCGUGGUGAGAUUGGCCUUUCAAGCGACCAAAUUGAAGCAUAUGAGAAAGCAGGUUUCGUCAUGAGCGGCAGCCGGCACAACCGUAUGAACGCAGUUCGAAUGCGUAAAGAGAAUCAAGUCUAUACGGCGGAAGAGCAAAGGAGCAUGCUCAAAUUAAUCGCUGAGGAAAAGCAAAAGAAGGAAGCAGCACUUGUUGAACAAUUCAAAGAGAUGGUCGACUCGAUCGGCGACGACUGAUUGAUCUCACACUGUAUCAUAAUGACAAAAGAAUUGAAUGAUAAAUUGAUAUAUGGUACAAAUGAGGUAUUGAACUUAUG